AUCAAAACACCACAACUCUCUUUCUCUCAUAUUCGCUCCAUAAUAAGAAUUUCGAUAUGUCUGUGCCUGCGUCGACCGUGAAACCACCACUGGCCGAUGAGCUAGAUAUCGUGAUUCCUACGAUUAGGAAUCUUGAUUUUCUUGAGCAGUGGAGAGCUUUUUUCCAGCCUUACCAUUUGAUCAUUGUUCAAGAUGGAGAUCCUACUAAAACCAUCAAGGUACCUGAGGGUUUCGAUUAUGAGUUGUAUAACCGUAACGAUAUCAACAGGAUCCUAGGUCCCAAAGCUAGCUGCAUUUCCUUCAAAGAUUCCGCUUGCCGCUGCUUUGGAUUCCUCGUCUCCAAGAAAAAGUACAUCUUCACCAUUGAUGAUGAUUGCUUUGUAGCUAAGGAUCCAUCUGGACAAGAGAUCAAUGCAUUGGCUCAGCACAUCAAUAACCUGCUAACACCAGCAACACCCUUCUUCUUCAACACAUUGUAUGAUCCAUACAGGGAAGGUGCAGAUUUCGUUAGGGGUUACCCCUUCAGUUUAAGGGAAGGUGUUACCACUGCCAUCUCCCAUGGUCUUUGGCUUAACAUCCCCGACUACGAUGCACCAACGCAACUAGUGAAGCCCCUUGAGCGUAACACCAGGUAUGUGGAUGCUGUUCUGACAAUCCCUAAAGGAACUUUGUUCCCAAUGUGUGGGAUGAACCUUGGGUUCCACAGGGAAUUGAUUGGACCAGCCAUGUACUUUGGUCUCAUGGGUGAUGGUCAGCCUAUUGGUCGUUACGACGAUAUGUGGGCUGGUUGGUGUGCUAAGGUGAUAUGUGACCAUUUGGGACUGGGGGUAAAGACAGGAUUGCCAUACCUAUGGCAUAGCAAAGCUAGCAACCCUUUUGUUAACUUAAAGAAAGAGUACAAGGGUAUCUACUGGCAAGAAGAGAUCAUCCCAUUUUUCCAAUCUGCGGUUCUAUCAAAAGAAUGCACAACCCCACAGAAAUGCUAUAUUGAGCUCUCUAAACUUGUGAAGGAGAAGCUUGGACCUAUUGAUCCUUACUUCGGGAAGCUUGCAGAUGAAAUGGUUACAUGGAUCGAUUGCUGGAAUGAACUCAACCCUGCCACCAAUGGAACCGAAGUGGCCCCAGCCAAGAAGACCGAUGCUGCACCCAAAAAGAAGUAAGCUUGGUGCAAGAGUGGCGUUAUUGACCUAUGGUUUACCAUCCUUAUGAUUCAUUAUACUUGGUUGCUAUAUGUUGAUCAAUUUUUAGUAUUUAUCAUUGUUGGAAUAAUGUUUCUUCAGAAACUGUUUGUUCAGCGGCGUUUAUUAAUCUUUUGAGGAUAUUAAGGAGCUCUAACUUAUUUUUCUUUGAAA